AUGGUACUCGAUUCACUGCAAUACUCGUGCUGUCACUGGGAUGUGGCAUGUAAACGCAUCAAGGCUACAUAUUUGUCGACUGAUGAAGGAAAGCUGAAUUUGACCAAGAUGGAGCGUAAAAUUCGUAAAACGAUUUUAAUGUCGCUCCAAGUUGAACUUGCAGUGCUUUACCGGACGGAGCCAACUGGAAGCACCAUACUGGCUGCUUUGACGAAACAUAACGCGAAUUGGAUGUUGACAGUUGCUGUUUUCCACAAAGUACAACGGCUUGAGGAAGAAUUACGAAGCAGAAAGUACCAUGUGAAUGAAAUACAUCGAGUUCACAGUUUGCCGGCAAAGAUUGACGAAUUCGCGUUGAUCGAAACGCAAAAUUGGUGUGGAAAUGCUCCGGCGAAAGACAUGGAAGAUUUGGAAGAGCAAAUUCGAACAACCAGGUCACGUCACACAGAAGACGAGUGUCUAUUGUGA